CUGCCCUGGGCUGCCCGCAGGCAGCUGCUCGUCGGCUCCCUCUCCUCGCCCAGGUCGUGGACUUGGGGACCUGAACGGCGUUCACUCGAAGAUGGCGUCACGCCGGCCUCCUUCGGUCCAGGACAUGACGCUGCAGGAGUGCAGGCAGUUCGUCGCCAACAACUGCACGGCCUUCCUGGGGGCGGACCACGGCGGCCUCGGCGCGGGGCCGCGCAGGCCGGACGCCGACGAGGACCUGGGGGCCAAGGUCGGGGCGGCGGAAGGCCGGAACCUGGACGAGUUCCAGAUCGUCAAGGCCGUGGUGCUGGGCCUCGUCACCUGCAUCAUCCUGCUGUGCAUCUGCAAGAUGGUGUUCCAGGUGUUCGUCCGGUACGCGACCAAGGCCGACGACAGGUGACACGGUGCCGCCAGGUUGGUCUGGGCUGUUCGGCUGGCCGUUAGAUUCCUGCGAAGCCCAUUCCAGUGUGCCCGCGACAUCUUGAGUAUCUUCUCCCCGAGCACAGUGCACCAGCCGCACUAGUGCGCGUGAAUGGGUCAUGAAUGGCUAUUCGUGGUGCCGGGGCAUGCCGGAGCGUGCCGGGGGCGGACGGCGGCUAGCUUGUUGAAAUUGCGUGGCAGCAGCGGGGCCGAGGGGGCCGAGGCCGCCGAGGCCGAGCCAGGCAGUAAUAAUGGCGAGGCAUCAUUGUCGAGCUGGCCUGCACACACACGAGCGCGC